CCGCCAUUUUCGGCGCCACAGGGAAAGCGGCGGCAGGCGGGGGAAGAGGCGAGCAGCCGCCGCGCCCCCUCCCCAGCAGAAAAGUGGUAAAAUAUACUAAUGAAAAGUCAGACUUAAUAUUUGUCCAGAUCAGCUUUUCCAUCUCUGGUUUCCAAAGAAAGAACACAAAAAGAGAGAGGAAGAAAAAGGAGAAGAUUCCUUUGACACCGAAUGCAGCGAACUAGGAAACAUGGAUCUGAAAUUCAACUCCUCAAGGAAAUAUAUUUCGAUCAGCAUACCUUCCAAAUCGCAAGCCAUGUCACCUCAUAUCAAAUCAGUAGAUGACAUAAUCGUUCUUGGCGUGAAUCUCAGCAAAUUUAACAAACCCACUCAGUUUUUUAUUUGUGUUUCUGGAGUUUUUAUGUUUUAUCUAAUCUAUGGAUAUUUACAGGAACUGAUAUUUUCAGUGGAGGGUUUUAAGCCCUUUGGUUGGUACCUUACUUUAGUGCAAUUUGGAUUUUAUUCCAUUUUUGGACUAAUAGAACUGCAGCUUAUUCAGGAUAAAAGGAGACGAAUCCCAGGCAAAACCUACAUGAUAAUAGCCUUUCUAACUGUAGGGACUAUGGGUUUAUCAAAUACCUCCCUAGGGUAUCUGAAUUAUCCUACUCAAGUCAUCUUUAAGUGCUGUAAACUGAUUCCUGUUAUGAUAGGAGGAGUCUUUAUACAAGGGAAACGUUAUAACAUUGCAGAUGUGUCUGCUGCAAUGUGUAUGAGUCUUGGCCUAAUAUGGUUUACUUUAGCUGACAGCACAAUCGCACCAAAUUUCAACUUGACAGGUGUGGUCCUUAUUUCCCUUGCUCUCUGUGCAGAUGCAGUUAUAGGAAAUGUGCAGGAAAAAGCUAUGAAGUUACACAAUGGUUCCAAUUCAGAAAUGGUUCUGUAUUCCUAUUCAAUAGGUUUUGUGUACAUUUUAUUGGGAUUGACAUGCACUAGCGGAUUAAGUCCUGCAGUAACAUUUUGUUCAAAGCAUCCAGUUCAGACUUAUGGUUAUGCAUUCUUUUUUUCCCUGACUGGAUAUUUUGGAAUAUCUUUUGUUCUAGCGUUGAUUAAAAUCUUCGGUGCCCUUCUGGCUGUAACAGUAACAACAGGAAGAAAAGCAAUGACCAUUGUGCUUUCUUUUUUGUUCUUUGCAAAGCCAUUCACAUUCCAGUACGUCUGGUCAGGUUUAUUAGUUGUCCUGGGUAUAUUUCUGAAUGUUUACAGUAAGAAUAUGGAUAAAAUCAAGCUGCCUUCACUACGAGGUCUUUGGAACAAAACUGUGGAAGAAAGAAAGACAAGGACGUUGUCACAAACUGUGUAGACAGUGGUUUUAUGCCAUGUUUUGAAUCCGACUUCUUUUAUUGGAACAGUCUUCAACUGGUUCACUUUCCACAGGGAACAUUACUAAAACCAAAGGAGCUGAAGGCAUAUUGUCUGCUUGCAGAUGAUUUGACAUGAACAGUUUUAAGUGAGCCUUCUCUUCAGAGCACUUGAAUUCGUCAUAGGUGUUAUACCAUUGUCAGAAGGCAUUAUCAAGCCAAUGAAGGAAAGGAACUCCUGGCAGACUGCUGAAAAACUAUGCUCCAAAUGGGGAACAGUGGCAUAUUAAUUUGGGCAUUUUUAUCAUAUCAGAUUUGGCUGAUUUGAGAUGAGUGGUUGUUGGUUUUUAUUGUUGAGUUGGGAUUAUUUAAAAGUAAUACUGUAUUAACACUUAAUGGAAGCUAAUCAGUUACUGAUUGACAAAUUGAAAUUUUAAAGUUAGAAGAGAGAGAGAAUAAGGUAUGUCAUGAUUUUUCAUUUUAGAUAAAAAUUCAGUUUAAGUUCUUGAUGAGAUUCUCAACAUUGUACAUUUGUUAAUAUAAUUGGCAUUUCUGUUGAAAUCAAAAUCUGAUUAAUGUUUUAAAUUUGAGAUUGAAAGAAUCAUGAUUUUUUUCCAUUUUUCCCCCCAUCAUCCAGCUUUAAAAAUUAUUAAAAAGUGCACAUAAACAUUGCUGUUAAACCCAAUGUGGGGG